AUGAAGCUGUGUUUGUUGUGGAUAGCUGUACUGGCUAUCUCUCGUACAUCAUUGGCUCAAGAAGGCUAUGACUAUCCACGGCCAAACAAUCCAUUGACUCCAGGUAGACCAUCGGGGGGUAGUUCGCCAACUACACCAUCUACAGAAUAUGGUGUACCAAGUGGACCUCAAUCUCCAGGCAGUACAAGACCCGGAGGAUUCUCAGGAACACCGGCACCGACUGGUAACGGAUUUCCUUCCAGGCCUUCUGGUAAUGGCCAAAGACCCUCGAACGGUAAUGGUUAUCCGUCAGGCGGUUCAAAUGGUCAGCGACCAAGUGCAGGAAAUGGGUAUCCAUCUGGCGGUCCAGCCGGUGGCCAACGCCCUUCAGGAGGUGCCAGUUUUCCGUCGGGUAACAACCAACAGAGACCAACUGGUAGGCCGACAAACACACAAGAGGAAGGAUAUCCCGAUGAAAGACCCUCCAUUCCUUUCCCACUUCCAAAUGAGAAUCAACCACAAGGUCCAGGAGGCCGUCCUAGUAAUGGGUUUCCAUCGGGUUCAGGAGGAAACAGACCUUCAUCACCAGGUGGCUCAUUUCCAGGAGGAGAAAACGGAUAUCCUAGAGGGAGGCCUGAAUCCUUUCCAAGCAACGGACAAGGAAGUACUGGAAGUUAUCCCAGUGGAGGUCAAAGACCUGGAUUUAAUGGUCAAAGUCCCACCAAUGGAGGGUAUCCAGGGGGUCGACCAAGCAGUGAAUUCCCUGGUACUCAAAGACCAGGAAACCAACCCUCAAACGGAGGUUCUUAUCCAAGUGGAGGACCAAGUGGGGGAUAUCCCAGCUCUAAUACGAUACCUAGUUCUGGACAAGGUUCUCAGAGACCAUCAAGUGGAACUACAGUAGGUCCUAAUCGAGGAAGACCAUCAAAUGAAGGAUACCCAAGCGAUCGCCCUUCGAUUCCCUUCCCUGGCAAUGACAAUGGGGGUUCGAGACCAAGCAACGGCAACAGACCUAGUGGAGGAACUUCAAGACCCAGGCCACCAAAUGGUCUCUAUCCAACUCCCGAAGAUGGUUCAAGACCUGGUUCAGGUCCAUCAAGACCUUCCAAUGAUGGACAGAGGCCUGGAGCAGGACAAAGACCAUCAGGACCAGGAUAUUCUGGACAAACCCCGUCGACAGAUGAUGAGUAUCCUGGACCAGCCCCUCCAUUUGAGCCUCAAGGACCCUCGGGUGGUUAUCCGAGCCAGAGACCAGGUACUCAGACCCCUUCAAUUCAGUAUUCGGAUAACCAAAAUUAUCCUGGAAGUUCCAACCAAGGACCAUCACAAAGGCCAACUAACCAAGGUCCAUCUGGAGGUCAAGGUCCAUCAGGCGGAUAUCCUAGUGGUAGGCCUUCUACAGAAUUUCCAUCUGACGAAUCAAGACCGACUGGAGGUUUUCCAAGUGGAGGACAAAGACCAUCAGCUGGCUAUCCUAGCGGUGGACAGGGUCCCUCGAGUGGUUAUCCUAAUGGAGCCCAGGGACCAGCUGGAGGUUAUCCUAGUGGUGGACAAGGUCCAUCCGGUGGUUUCCCUAGUGGUGGUCAAGGUCCGUCUGGUGGUUAUCCUAGUGGCAGACCAAGUUCACCAGGAGGUUUUCCAAGUGGUGGACAAGGUCCUUCCGGUGGAUAUCCUAGUAGUGGACAAGGACCUUCCAGUGGAUAUCCUAGUGGUGGACAAGGACCUUCUGGUGGCUUCCCUAGUGGAGGCCAGGGACCUUCAGGAGGUUACCCUAGCGGAGGACAAGGACCCUCUGGUAGCUUCCCUAGUGGUGGACAAGGACCCUCUGGUGGCUUCCCUACUGGAGGUCAGGGACCAUCAGGAGGCUUUCCAAGUGGUGGACAAGGACCUACAGGUGGCUUUCCUAGUGGAGGCCAGGGACCUUCUGGAGGAUUUCCAAGCGGUGGACAAGGACCCUCUGGUGGUUUCCCCAGUGGAGGCCAAGGACCUUCAGAAGGUUUUCCAAGCGGUGGGCAAGGUCCCUCGGGCGGCUUUCCUAGUGGUGGACAGAGACCAUCUAGUGGCUUCCCAAGUGGAAAUCAAGGUGGUUCAAGUGGUGGUAGUGAUGACGGCUCAUAUGACGAUGGCGAUUAUUCUGCUAUACCCGGUGAACCUGGACGUGAUUACCCAAUUCUCUCUGAAAUUCCGGAAACGAGUUUCAGAUGCGAUGCUCAACAGUAUCCUGGUUAUUAUGCAGAUGUUGAAACCCAGUGCCAAGUAUUCCACAUAUGUGCAAACAAUCAGACAUACGAUUUCCUAUGUCCGAAUGGUACGAUAUUCCAUCAGCAGUACUUGGUUUGCGUGUGGUGGAAUCAGUUCGAUUGUAGUUCAGCACCUAGUUUAUUUUAUGUGAAUGAGAAUCUUUAUGAUUAUACGAUAAUGGGAAGUCAGCAACAAGGACCUCAAGGAAAUCAACCAAGACCCCAGGGACCGCAAGGUCCAAAUUACUCCGGUGGAAGUAGUCAACCAGGAUCAGGUGGUCCAAGUGGCCCUGGAGGACCGGGUGGAUUCCCAAGUGGUCCUAGUGGACCAGGUGGAUUCCCAAGUGGCCCUAACGGACCGGGUGGAUUCCCAAGUGGCCCAAGUGGGCCAGGUGGAUUCCCCAGUGGCCCUAGUGGACCUGGCGGAUUUCCAAGUGGCCCAAGUGGACCGGGUGGAUUCCCCAGUGGCCCUAGUGGACCAGGUGGAUACCCAAGUGGUCCUAGUGGACCAAGUGGACCUACAGGCCCAGGAGCAUAUCCAAGUGGUCCUAGCGGGCCUGGUGGAUAUCCAAGUGGUCCGAGCGGACCAAACGGACCAAGCGGACCAAGCGGACCAAGCAGACCAGGUAGUCCUCAGGGCCCUCAAACUGAUGGUCCAGGAGGUUAUCCUUCAAGUGGAAGUGGUGACUAUCCUAGAGGAAAUGAAGAAUUUGGAGGUCCAUCAACCGGUUACCCAAGUAGUGGUAGACCUCAAUCGCCUGGUGGACCUGGUGGAUAUCCAGGGGCACAGCAACCAUCUUACCCAAGCGGAGGAAGACCACAAGGACCUUCUCAACAACCAGGAGGUGGCGAGGAAGGUUAUCCAAGUGGCCAACCGAGUGGUCCUGCCUUCCCAAGUGGAAGACCUGGACCUUCUGAUACACCUUUCCCUUCACAAGGCCCUUCGAAACCAGACCGUGAAUACCUGCCACCUCGUGCUGGUUGA